AUGGGGAACUCCUCUUCAAAUAAGAAAGAAACUCUUCCCAUCGACACCACUUUUAAGCUUCCAGCAAAUAUACCAGUUUGGCCGCAGGGAGGUGGAUUUGCUACUGGAACUGUAAUUAUAGAAGGACUUAAAUUGUUUCAGAUUUCAACAUUCAACAAGGUUUGGACAACCUUAGAAGGUGGACCUGGUAAUGCAGGAGCUACUUUCUUUGAGCCUGCAGGAAUACCUGAGGGGUUCUUCUCCUUAGGCCACUAUAGCCAACCCAACAACAAGCCUCUCUUUGGAUCAGUUCUGGUGGCAAAAGAUGAGUCAUCUUCAAGUGAAAAUGGAGCUUUGAAGAAACCAGUUGAUUACUCACUUGUGUGGAGCAGCAAGUCCCAAAAGAUCAAGCAAGACAAGGAUGGUUAUGUUUGGCUACCAACGCCACCUGAUGGCUAUAAGGCAUUAGGCCAUGUUGUCACCCCCACACCAGAGAAGCCUUCACUUGACAAAAUCAGGUGUGUGAGGUCAGAUCUCACAGACCAGUGUGAGACAAACUCAUGGAUUUGGGGACCAGACAAGAGCACUGAUGAGAAAGGUUUUAAUGUUCAUGAAGUAAGGCCAAGCAAUAGAGGCAUUCAAGCUCCUGGUGUUCUUGUUGGGACAUUUUUUGCCCAUAAUGGUGAAACUCCUUCCCCUCUCCCUAUUGCUUGUUUGAAGAACACCAACAUGAAUUUCUCCUCCAUGCCCGAUUUACCCCAAAUUAAGGCACUAGUCCAAGCCUACUCUCCAUUUAUGUACUUGCAUUCUAAAGAAAAGUUCCAACCUGCUUCUGCUAAGUGGUAUUUCACCAAUGGGGCAUUGCUUUUCAAGAAAGGGGAAGAGUCCAAACCUGUGUCAAUAGAUCCAACAGGCUCUAACCUUCCUCAGGGUGGCAACAAUGAUGGUGAGUAUUGGUUGGACCUCCCUACAGACAAAGCCAACAUGGAGAGGGUCAAGAAAGGGGAUUUCAAGAGUAGCCAAGCCUAUGUCCAUGCAAAACCCAUGUUUGGAGGAACAUUCACUGACCUUGCCAUGUGGGUUUUCUACCCAUUCAAUGGGCCUGGAACAGCCAAAGUUGGGCUCAUAGACAUUCCCCUUGGGGUUAUAGGAGAACAUGUGGGGGACUGGGAGCAUGUCACACUUAGAGUAAGCAAUUUCAAUGGAGAACUAAAAAAGGUGUAUCUCUCACAACAUAGCAAUGGUCAAUGGGUUGAGGCCCCUCAGCUUGAGUUCCAAAGUGGAAACAAACCAGUGACUUAUUCCUCCUUGAAUGGCCAUGCCAUUUAUCCAAAAGCAGGUCUUGUCAUGCAAGGCCUUGAUGGAAUUGGAAUAAAGAAUGAAACUGAAAAGGGUGAGAAGGCGAUUGACAUGGGGGUAGACUUUGAAAUUGUUGCUGGUGAGUAUUUGGGGUCAGCAAUUGUUGAACCACCUUGGCUGAACUAUUUCAGGCAAUGGGGUCCAAAAGUUUCCUAUGACAUUGCAAAGGAGUUAGACAAAUUGGAGAAGGUAUUCCCUGCAUUGGAAGCUCUGAAAGAGAUUUUGCCAAAUGAGUUGUUGGGAGAGGAAGGACCCACAGGACCUAAGCUCAAGAGAAAUUGGAGUGGUGAUGAAGUUUGA